AAAAAAACGACUCGUCGUUAACAAAACCGUGGCGUUUAAACUUAUCUUCUCCCCCAUUUUCCCGUCAAUGGAUCCCUGAGACAUAUUCGCUGAUUGAUCGUUUACUUCACCCAUGGAAAGCAGAGAAAAUCAAUCUCCUCAAGACGAAAGGGCUCGGGUAUUAGUGGAAUUCUUGGAGGUAGCAAUUACAUCGAUAAUUUUCCUCAAAGGAGUAUAUCCUGGCGGUGCAUUUGAGAGGAGGAGGUAUAUGAAUGUCGUGGUCCAGAGAGCUAGACACCCACAGCUCAGAGAUUACAUUCACUCUGCUGUUACUGGCCUCCUUCCUUUUAUCCAAAAGGGAUUGGUCAACAGAGUGGCAGUAAUUUUUUCUAGCACUGAUAAUAUCCCAGUCGAGAGAUUCAUUUUCAAGCUCACGGUGAAUCAGUCUUGUGACUUGAAGGUGGAAGAAGGUGACCUGGAAUUCUCUCUUAGGUCAUUCUUAAUGAAACUUUCUGUCUCAGGGCCUCUUACCAAGGUUCUCCCACGAGAUUGCAGGUGGGAGAUAACAGCCUACUUUAGUUCCAUUCCUCAGGUUGGUACAAGCAAGUAUGCAGAGUUAUGGAUCCCAACUGACACAAAGCAAUGGCAACAACCUCCACUGAUAACCCCAAUCAAGUCAAUGAGUAGCGAACCUUUGUUUAUGCAGCUAUAUUUGGAACAUCCAAGUCUAUCUGAACCAAAGCCUGAAGCGAAGAAUUACUAGACUCCCACAACUGAUGUAUUUAUUCCAUUGAACAUCUGUGCGUGGCACUUGUUUUAUUUUUCUAUUGUAAUUUCUAACGCAUAGUAGCAUGAUAUUUUAGGAAAUCCUGCAUGUUCCGAAGGUAAAUUAUGUGAUAAGUGUUUUUAUAAGAACUUGGGAGGUGGUUGAACAAUUUUUCCAUUGUUAUUCCUCCCAUCCCCGAGUGUCUUCUCUGUCGCAGAUUUCAAAGAGAAUCUGAAGCUUAUGUCUCGUUGGUUUAUGUUCUAUCUUGGUCUUGUUGGCUUAUAGACCGGCUGAGCAUUGAAUUAUCAUGAAUUAUAUACAAGUAUGAAAGUCCCUGUUGCUCUCUCUCAA